CCUUGUGCUUUAAACAGCUGCCUACAAGCCCAGGUAUUGCGCGCCGGCUUCUAAAUAAGCAGCACGUUCAAGGCCCCCCCACCCACACACAUACACACACACACCCGCCCCCUUCAGGACUGUGAAAUCAGACUCAUACAGAUGCGUGGGGCUUGAACAGGAGCACGAGGCGGCUCCUGCAUGACUUACUGAGGCAAGAGGUGUAGAGGACCAGCAGAGAGGGGACUGUAACCACAGAGAGGGGGAAAAAGACAGUCAGGCAUAGGACUGUGAGGGAAGCGCUCCUCUGCUUCACAAUUGGUUUGGCCUUCGGUGAGGGAAUCGUUUGAAUAGCCUGCAAACUACUGUGAUCAAAAAGGUCAUGCCUUCAUCCUGAUGUGCUCUUCUCGGACCCGGACUCCAUAAAAUACCAGUAUAGGUUUGGAAAACCCUGGAGAUAGCUGCAAUUCUAGGAGUACAUGGCCAAAAUGUUUUCAGGUGCCCAGGCAUCGAAUAAAUAGCUUUACAUUCGAGUGAAUUACUUUGACAACACAACAAAGAUCAACAAAGUGAGGACAGAGGCAAUAGCUGCAGGCCAUCCAGCGUUGGUCACCGUUGUUUGGACGAGCCCACUGUGACCAGAAGGACCUGACCUUUCUGCUUGCUGGCUUCAAACAGUCACUUGAAAAGACGGCGCUGCCAGAGAGGAGUCGGUGUGGGAGGAAGCGAGACCAAAAACCCCGUCAGGCCUGGAUGCGAUGAACGCCUCAUGUAGGCAUCAGCAUGGACAGCUGUGAGUCUCCCGUGUUUUCUGGGACAGACGAUGGGCUCAGCUCCUCCCAGCAGCAGCAGCAGCAACAGCAACCUCCACAGCCCUGGAACGAUCACCCUAGCUUGCAGCUUCCUUGCGCCAACCAGGCACCUUCCCUGGACCCGCUGUCUUUUUCUGCUCCUUAUCCUUCUCAACCCCCAACCUCUUGUACUCUUCAUGACGAGGUGAGAGAACUACAGUCCCUGCAGUCCCAGCCAAAACAAACAUCGAGCCAGGCUCACCGGGAUAGCCCUGCCACUGGACAGCUGCAUUCCAAGAGAGAGGGCCGUAAGGGAGAGGAGCGGGACCGAUUGAGCUGUGGGGAAGAGGAAGAAUCGGAGGACUUGGAUGAAAUGGAAAUUGACAGCUGUUUCCCGAGCCUUCAGCCCUUUUCCGGGGUAGUGAUGGCUCAAGGCGGAGGGGGCAUGCCCACUCUUUUGCGUCAUCAGCCCACACAACGGCAAGGUGGACAUGAGAGUGGAAGUGAGGAAGGAGAGGAGGAAGAGGAAGAGGAGAGUAGUGAUGUGGAGAACUUGGCUGGAGAGAUCGUCUACCAACCAGAUGGCUCAGCGUAUAUCGUGGAGAGCCUGAGUCAGCUCAUCCAAAGCGGUGGGAGCAUGGUUCCCGGCCUGCUUCCCACAAACUCUCUCACGAGUGGGGGAAAAGCGGGGGAACCUGCUGGGACGUCAUCCUCGGUCUACCCUCAGAUCAUCAACACGUUCCACAUAGCUUCGUCCUUUGGCAAGUGGUUUGGCAAUUCAGACAAAGGUUUCUCCAAUACCUCAUCCAUGGCAGGCCUCAGUCCUGUCCUGCACAGUUUUCGUGUCUUUGAUGUGCGGCACAAAAGUAACAAGGAUUACCUGAACAGCGAUGGGUCAGCCAAGAAGUCCUGUGUAUCCAAAGAUGUUCCUAACAAUGUGGAUUUCUCCAAAUUUGAUGGCUUGGCCCUGUAUGGCAAGGGUAAGCCAAUUCUCAUGUGUUUUCUCUGCAAGCUGUCCUUUGGUUAUGCGCGUUCCUUUGCCACCCAUGCUGUCCAUGACCACCGCAUGACGCUGUGCGAGGAUGAACGCCGUCUAUUAGGGGACAACCAUGCAUCUGCUAUCAUCCAGGGCAUCGGUAAAGACAAAGAGCCCCUCAUCAGCUUCCUGGAACCAAAAAAUAAGAGCACUCCUGUGCCACCUCCCCUGCUUCCUAUGAACUCUGGCCAGAGCUUUUAUGGCACAUUUAGUGGUGUCCAUUUGGAGCCUGGAAGCAGCAGUGGAGGCAGCGAGACCCUCCUGAACAAAGACUCUGACUCUAGCCUCCAGCAACAGCAGCCGCAGCAAACCCCGCUAAGCUCGGUAAUGUCUCUUGGAAGGCUGGGCGCUCCCAAAGCAUCCACUCUUCCCUCUACCCCAGGCUCUGCCAAAGACUCCAGUGCCCUAUCUUUACACGGGGGGAGAACAGAGGAGCCUACUGGGAAAGAGUUGGCUUACAAGGGAAACGAUGGGGCCAGUGAAGGCCUUGGCAGUACGUCACACCAGGUGGGGGGUUCAGAAGAAGAGGAAGGGGAACCGUUGUUAAGGGAAGGAGAUGAGGUGGAGGCAGAAGGCACUGUUGCGACCAGUGGUGUUAAUAGUAGCAGUGGUGGAGGUGAGGCAGGGGAAUCAGCUAUCUCAAACCAAAGCAUUUCCAAAUCUCCUUUAUUAAUGCCUAGUAGCACUCUCCAGCCUUCUGCCUGCACCCCUGCGGUCAGUUACACGCGAAACAGCAAAUCCCCUGCUUCCACUUCUUCCUCUGUCAAGGAGGAGGUUUCAGCUCCAGAAGGUGGGGGGAGAACCUCAGAGCUGCCUCUGAGCUUUAACUGCCAGGGAACCACCGUUCCCCUGGCGAUGGCAGCGGCCAAUGUCAGAAAGAGUGAGGAGGACACUGCUGGCACUUCUUCCUCACCUCUGUCCUCCAAUGCUGCUGCUGAUGAAAGUGCCAAUCGAGAUAGUGCCACAGCUCCAGAACCAAAUGAUUGCCCAGCUGAAGAAGAGGACGAAAAUGGAUCCCUUCUGCAGCAACACCACAUGCUUCACCAUCAUCAUCACCUGCAUUCAUCAUCUCAUGGCCACAUUCACCCCCAACCCGGUGGUUCCUGUGACCUAACAGGGGUGAAUGACUGCUCACAGAACCACGGGCCCGGUGGCAGUGUUGGAAGUGGGGUGGAAUGCCCCAAAUGUGACACAGUUCUAGGUUCCUCGCGCUCUUUGGGUGGUCAUAUGACCAUGAUGCAUUCGCGUAACUCAUGCAAGACACUCAAAUGUCCCAAAUGCAACUGGCAUUACAAAUAUCAACAGACUUUGGAGGCUCACAUGAAAGAAAAGCACCCAGAUUCUGGAGGUUCUUGUGUGUACUGCAGCAGCGGUCAAAGUCAUCCUCGUCUGGCGCGUGGAGAAAGCUAUACAUGUGGAUACAAACCUUUCCGAUGUGAGGUGUGUAACUACUCAACGACCACCAAGGGGAACCUGAGCAUCCACAUGCAGUCGGAUAAACAUCUAAACAACAUGCAGACACUGCAGAAUGGAGGCUCUAUUGGAUCUGCUCAAGAGCAGGUGUUUGGACACGGCCCGGGAGGAGUGGUGGCCGUGCCCUCUGUGACCCAAUCCAGUAGCCACCACCCUGUCCACCACCACCCCACACAGUCCUCCGCCCAUGUAAGUGGACCGUGCGGGGCCCCCUCACCAACCAAGCCAAAGAGCAAACCCACUUGGCGCUGUGAAGUAUGCGACUACGAAACCAAUGUGGCGCGGAACCUCCGUAUCCACAUGACUAGCGAGAAGCACAUGCACAACAUGAUGCUUCUCCAGCAGAACGUGACUCAGAUGCAACAUGGCCGACUCGCACUGGGAGCUAUGCCCUCCCCCUCCGAGGCUGAGCUCUACCAGUAUUACCUGACACAAAACAUGAGCCUACCACCAGGCCUCAAGAUAGACCCAACAGGACCCGAGGCCCAGUUUCUGAUGGGGGGCUUUACUCUAGAUCCCAGCAUGGCUGCCUUGACCCCUGCACUGGGUGGGGAGAUCCCGAUGGAUAUGCGCCUGGGCAGCGGCCAGUUGGUGUCAGAGGAACUGAUGAACCUGGGAGAAAGUCUAUCACAAACCAGUGACCCCUCGCUCAAACUCUUCCAGUGCGCCGUGUGCAACCGCUUCACCACUGACAACCUGGAUGUGCUUGGCAUCCACAUGGGGGCCGAGCGCAGCCUGCCUGAGGAGGAGUGGCGCGCCGUGGUGGGCGACUCUCACCAGUGCAAGUUGUGCCACUACACUACUCAACUCAAGGCCAAUUUCCAGCUCCAUUGCAAGACGGACAAGCACGUUCAAAAGUACCAGCUUGUUGCCCAUAUUAAGGAGGGAGGCAAAGGCAACGAGUGGCGACUGAAAUGCGUGGCCAUUGGAAACCCAGUGCACCUGAAGUGCAACGCUUGCGACUACUAUACAAACAGCUUGGAGAAGUUGAGGAUGCACACGGUUAAUUCCCGACAUGAGGCCAGCCUCAAACUUUACAAGCACCUGCAGCAGCACGAAAACGCGGUGGAGGGUGAUGCCUGCUACUACCACUGCGUGCUGUGCAACUACUCGACCAAGGCCAAGCUCAACCUGAUCCAGCAUGUGCGCUCCAUGAAGCACCAGCGCAGUGAGAGCCUCAGGAAACUGCAGCGCUUGCAGAAGGGCCUGCCCGAGGACGACGAAGACCUCAGCUCCAUCUUCACCAUUCGCAAAUGCCCCUCUUCCGAUACAGGAGAGCUGAGUGAGGAUGUGGAGGCUGCUAGUGAGACCACCACAGACCAGGAGGACCAAACCAAAGACAGAGAAAGUGGGGGGGAAAAGGAGCUCACCAAAGGGACAGCAGUGUCCGGCCAUUCAGAACCGCACCAGUCAGAUUCCCCGAUCCCAAGCAAAAGGCCCUCGUCACGGUCGGAGACUUCUGAGAGCCCGCUGUCCUCAAAACGUCCCCGGGCAGCUGAAAAGCGAUCUGCAGAGCAGAUGUACCAGUGCCCUUACUGCAAGUUCACCAACACAGACCUUAACCGUCUCAGAAUGCACGUGAUGACGCAGCACUCUGUCCAGCCCAUGUUACGCUGCCCGCUGUGCCAGGACAUGCUCAACAACAAGAUCCACUUGCAGUUCCACCUCACACACCUGCACAGUGUCGCACCCGACUGUGUUGACAAGCUCAUCGCCACAGUGACAGCAACCGAUGUCCUACCAGCAAGCAUGUUCAUACCUGUUCCCGGUUCAAAAAAAGAUUCUCAGAACCCCUCUCAUGCCUUUGCCAAUGAUGAAGAUACAACAAAACAAGCUGAUGCUUUAGAUGCUGAUCCGGAGAAGGGAGUUUCACUUCCUACAGAAAUAGUUGAGGCUCGCAAGUCACCUCAAGAAGAUCAGCAAACAGAGAAGGAUGAUGCUACUGGAUUUCUGUGCUGGAAAAAAGGCUGCAAUCAAGUGUUCAAAUCAUCCAACUCACUCCAGAUGCACUUCAAUGAAGUUCACAACAAAAGGCCUCAGCUUCCUGUUUCUGAUCGCCAUGUCUAUAAGUAUCGUUGUAACCAGUGCAGCUUGGCCUUCAAGACUGUGGAGAAGCUACAACUCCAUUCCCAGUAUCAUGUAAUCCGAGCAGCGACCAUGUGCUGCCUCUGCCAGCGGAGCUUCAGGACGCUACCAGCCUUGAAGAAGCAUUUGGAAACCAGCCACCUGGAGCUUAGUGAAGCUGACAUCCAGCAGCUGUAUGGAGGCUUAUUGAUGAAUGGUGACAUUAUGGUCAUGGGUGACCCGGCCCUUGGUGAAGAACAUGGAGGUCUGGGAGAAGAUGACAAAGAAGGGGAUGAGAGUGACACAGAGGAAAAGCAAAGCCCAACAGGCAGUGACUCUGGCUCACUGCUGGAAGACUCUGGAUCUGAACCAAAACGCGCUUUGCCAUUCAGAAAAGGUCCCAACUUUACGAUGGAAAAAUUCUUAGAUCCAUCUCGUCCAUUCAAGUGCACCGUGUGCAAAGAGUCAUUCACACAGAAGAAUAUUCUGCUGGUUCACUACAACUCUGUCUCCCACCUGCACAAGGUGAAGAGAGCUCUUCAGGAAUCCACCACUGGUCAGCCGGAGCCUACGAGCAGCCCUGACAACAAGCCAUUCAAGUGUAGCACUUGUAAUGUGGCUUAUAGCCAGAGUUCCACUUUAGAGAUCCACAUGCGCUCUGUUCUACACCAAACAAAAGCAAGGGCAGCUAAACUUGAAGCUGCGGGAGGUAUCACUAGCUCUGCAAGUGCUGCUGGUGGAGGUGGCGGAGGUACGAUCAUCAGCACUUCAACGGCAAGUCCAGGCCCAACAAGCAACUCAACAACAAACUCUACCAACCAUGGCACCUCUGGCACUCAAACAGCGCAGAAUCUUCUUGGAGGAACGCACGUUUCACAGAGUCAUAGCCAUGAAACUAACAGCUCACUUUGCAGCCAUUCCUCACCGUCAGAGAACAAUGAGGUAAAAAAGGCUAAAUAUGCAGAUAUGCUCUCUUCACGGGGACAACAGCAGCUUCAGCAACAACAGCAAUUAGCUCACGCGCAAGCCCAAGCUCAGCUUCAGCAAGAGCUCCAGCAGCAGGCUGCUCUUCUACAAUCCCAGCUCUUUAACCCAGCACUUCUGCAGCACUUCCCCAUGACAACUGAUGCACUUCUCCCCUUACAGCAACAACAGUUACUGUUUCCUUUCUACAUCCCAGGAGCAGAAUUUCAGCUAAACCCAGAGAUCAACAUCAGUAAUUCAGCACUUGGCCUAACAGGAGCAACCACCUCCUCGCUGCUAGAAGAUCUCAAGAACUCAGCCCAGCAGAGCUGCUUGCAGCAGCAACUGAUGCAUCACCACCUUCAGCAGCAAGCUCAACAGCAGCAGCAGCAAUCGCUGCCGCCUCACUCACAGGCACAAGGACAGAUGGCAUUGCUGCAACAGAGUGCUUCUCUCCACCAGCAGGUUGAAAAAAAGCAUAAGCCUCCCUCUUCGCAAACCGAAAAAAAUAUUCAAAAAGACAAAGAUGCAACUGAAAAAAACGAGGAUGCCAACAAAGAUUCAAUGGAUAAACUAAAGGAAAGGAGGGACAUUCAACACAUCUCAACUAGUAUUAAUCAUGACUCCGGCUUACUUCCGCCAAGGAUUGCUUCAGAUGCUCGUGGAAACGCAACCAAAGCCCUGCUGGAAAAUUUUGGGUUCGAGUUAGUCAUUCAGUAUAAUGAAAAUAAACAAAAGGCCCAGAAAAGGGGAACUGGGCUGACAGGAUCAAGUGGACCAGGUGGGAUCACAAGAGUGGUAGAUCCCAUUGAGGGACUGGAGAAACUGGAAUGUGAGGCCUGUGGCAAGCUGUUUUCAAAUAUACUCAUUCUAAAGAGUCACCAGGAGCAUAUCCACCAGGCUUUCUUCCCAUUUCGAUCCCUUGAGAGAUUUGCCAAGGAAUACAGAGAGAAUUAUGAUAAACUAUAUCCACUGAGACCCCCUACACCAGAGGCUGCCCCAGCACCUCCACCUCCUCCACCACCCCCUCCGCCCCAAAGAGCUCCCACACCAAAUAUUCCUGUGUCUGCAGCCUCACUCACGCCUCCAACUGUACCUACUCCACAGCCUCCAGUUCCAAUGCCACAAAUUCCCAUGCCAAUGGAUUUGCCAAUCUUUUCACCACUAAUGAUGCAACCCAUGUCGCUCCAGUCUUUGCCCAGCCAGCUGACUCCACAGCUACCCUCUGUUGAACCAAGCCUGGCCUCAGACUUGGCCCAACUCUACCAACAGCAGCUCACCCCGGCCAUGCUGCAGCAGCAACAGAACAAGAGGCCGCGGACACGUAUCACAGAUGACCAGCUUCGGGUCCUGCGACAGUACUUUGACAUAAACAAUUCACCCAAUGAAGAUCAGAUUAAAGAGAUGGCCGAUAAAUCAGGACUGCAGCAAAAGGUCAUUAAGCACUGGUUCAGGAACACUCUUUUCAAAGAGAGACAACGCAACAAAGACUCUCCAUACAACUUCAAUAACCCACCAACCACAACACUUGAUGAUACUAAAAUGGACUCGAAACCACCUUCCCCUGAACCACAAAAGCAAGACUUCUACGGAAGUAAGAGAUCUUCUAGAACUAGGUUUACAGACUACCAGCUGAGAAUCUUACAAGAUUUCUUUGAUGCGAAUGCUUAUCCGAAGGACGAUGAGUUUGAACAGCUUUCCAACCUUCUGAGCCUCCCCACUCGUGUUAUUGUUGUUUGGUUCCAAAAUGCUCGCCAGAAGGCAAGAAAGAAUUAUGAGAACCAGAGUGAUGGAGGGAAAGAUGGCGAGAGACGAGAACUCUCCAACGAUCGGUAUAUUCGCACCGCCAAUCUGAACUACCAGUGCAAAAAAUGCAACUUGGUUUUCCAGAGAAUAUUUGACCUCAUAAAACAUCAAAAGAAGUUGUGCUACAAAGAUGAAGACGAGGACGGACAUUAUGAUAGCCACAAUGAGGAUUCAACUGAUCUUUCAAACGAAUGUUAUACUCCCUCUGGUUCCUCCUGCCACACCCCAAUGCCCUCCUCUUCAAGUCUCUGCCCACUUCCACCGACAACUUCAGCAUUCUCACACCUCCCUUCAGUUGAUAAGGAGGAGGCGUCACCAGCUACCACCUCAAACCUCCAUGAGGAAAAGUCAAAAGAGGUACCUGACAUUCCGGCUGAUCCCCCUAGCAAGACCUCCAUCAAGCAGGAAAAUGUACCCCAACCCCAAUCGGAGUCACAAAAGCACAGACAUCCGAGAGAAGAGAAUAUCCAACCAAUGUCCAAACCCAACAAACACUCCUCUUCUUCCUUUGCCCAACAGCAACUGCAGUGUGUUCCAUCAGCUUCUCAGACAAGCCAGGCCCCUUCCCAAAGCUCUCACUUGAGCCACAACCCCCACAUGAGUUCGGCUCCACAACAAAUGGCACAGCAGAUCAUUCCAUACCAGUGUGAUCAGUGCAAGAUCGCCUUCCCCUCCUUUGAGCACUGGCAGGAGCACCAGCAAUUACACUUCCUCUCUGUGCAGAAUCAGUUCAUUCACCCACAAUUCAUUGACCGCUCAAUGGACAUGCCGUUCAUGCUAUUUGACCCGAGCAAUCCUCUCCUGGCAGGUCAGUUACUUUCUGGGACGAUGCCCCAGAUCCCCAGCAGCUCUGCCACUUCUCCAUCCACCCCCACAUCCACAAUGAAUUCCCUGAAAAGGAAGUUGGAGGAGAAAGCCGGCACUAGCCCGGGAGAGAAUGACAGCACAAACAGUGAAGAGCCACAUAGAGACAAGAGGCUUCGAACCACCAUCACACCUGAGCAGCUAGAGAUUCUCUAUCAGAAGUACCUAUUGGAUUCUAAUCCAACACGUAAAAUGCUUGACCACAUUGCGCAUGAAGUGGGGCUGAAGAAGAGAGUCGUGCAAGUCUGGUUUCAAAAUACGAGAGCAAGGGAGAGGAAAGGCCAGUUUAGAGCAGUGGGGCCAGCUCAAGCUCAUCGGAGAUGCCCCUUUUGCAGAGCUCUUUUUAAAGCAAAAACUGCCCUCGAGGCACACAUUCGCUCUCGUCAUUGGCACGAGGCCAAACGCGCUGGGUAUAAUCUAACACUCUCUGGCAUGCUACCUGACCAUGAGGGGAUCCAAAUGAAGUUGGAUGCCUUAGAGACAUCGGGCUAUUCCCAAAUGGCGUCUUCAAAUAUGGAUGGACAAAGCUCCUCCAUGUCGCCGGUGAAUAGAGGAAUUGAUUCAUCUCCCAGGGCUCUUCUGAGUCCUUCGUCCAUUAAAGUUGAAGGAAUGGAAGAUUUUGAGAAUUCAGCCAUGGCUGCUGUGAACCUCAGCUUUGAUCACAACAAACUGGAUAAUGACGACUGCUCCUCUGUCAAUACAGCCAUCACAGACACAACUACAGGUGAUGAGGCUAAUGCUGAUAAUGACAGCGCUGAUGCAAAACACAGCCAGAGUAGUAGUGAGUACCUGCCUAAGCCUGGGGGCUCCGUCCCCAUCCUUGAAAAUGAUGACCAGAUGUCCUCAGGGCUUGUAAGCCCUGCUACAAGCUAUUAUGCUAAGGACUGUGAAAAUGAACAUAUAAUUGACCACAGCGAGACAUCCAGCCUGGCGGAUCCUUGCUCGCCAAGUCCUGGAGCUUCGGGCACCAGGAGCAUAGACAGCGGUGAUCGUCCCGGUCAAAAGCGCUUCCGAACGCAAAUGACAAACCUCCAGCUUAAAGUGUUGAAAUCCUGUUUUAAUGACUACAGGACUCCCACCAUGUUGGAAUGCGAAGUACUUGGCAAUGAUAUUGGACUUCCAAAGAGAGUGGUCCAGGUGUGGUUUCAAAAUGCCCGUGCCAAGGAAAAAAAGGCAAAGCUCAACAUGGCCAAGCACUUUGGAAUUAAUCAGUCGUCCUACGAGGGGCCGAAGACCGAAUGCACUUUGUGCGGUGUCAAGUAUAGUGCCCGGCUCUCGGUUCGAGAUCACAUAUUCUCCCAGCAGCAUAUCGCCAAGGUUAAGGAUACCAUCGGCAGUCAGAUUGACAAAGAAAAAGAAUACUUUGACCCAGCCACUGUCCGUCAACUUAUGGCUCAGCAAGAGAUGGACCGCAUUAAGAAGGCCAAUGAAGUUUUAGGAUUGGCGCAGCAGCAGGCCAUGCAGCAACAGGGAAUAUUUGAUAACCCUGCAAUGCAGGCGCUGAAUCUACAGUCAGCCUAUUCCAAUCUACAAGGCAUUCCACCUGUCCUCUUGCCAGGGGUUGGAAGCCCCUCUCUGUCCAGCUUUAACUCAUCUAACUCAGCUUUAACUCCUCCGAAAACUUCAAACCUGCUGAACAUGCCUGGUGCCAGCGUUCCCUCGCCAAGCUUGCCCACAUCUGGACUGCCCAACAAGCCACCCUCCUCAUCAUCCCUGUCCACAUCAAGCCCAGCACAGACAAGCACAUCUGCUUCCCACUCCAGCCCCACCUCAACAUCCAACUCCACUUCCUCAAGCACCACGUCCGUCACCCGGCCUGAACACUCCAAAGAGCAUGAAGUUGAGAGGUUAAGAGAAAAGGAAAAGCCCAAGGAAAAGACAGAGAAGCCCUCAACCCCGUCAUCAACCGGAAGCACCCCUGCCCCUUCGACUUCUGCUGCCAGCGCCAAGAAGGAAAAGCCUGACCCAGCUGUUCCCGCCACCUCUAUGCCCACACCCGGUAUGGAGUAUGUGGUAGAUCCUGCCCAGCUUCAAGCUCUGCAGGCUGCCUUGGCUUCAGACCCGACAGCUCUUCUCACGAACCAGUUCCUGCCCUACUUCAUGCCUGGCUUUUCUCCCUACUACACCCCACAGAUCCCUGGCGCUCUGCAAGGUGGUUACCUGCAACCAAUGUAUGGAAUGGAAAGUCUGUUCCCCUACAACCCUGCAUUGUCACAAGCACUGAUGGGCCUGUCCCCGGGAUCUCUGCUGCAACAUUACCAGCAAUAUCAGCAGAGCUUGCAGGAAGCACUGCAGCAGCAGCAGCGGCAGCUUCAGCAAAUCCAACAACCCAAGGCAAGCCAAACCCAAGCACCCUCUAAAUCCACGGGGGAUCGUAAAGAAUCUGCCAAAGAUCCGGUGAAAACAGAGGAGCAAAAGGGCAACCACCAUCGUGCAUCUCCCACCACACCUUGCACCUCCUCCACUCAUAAUAAAGUAUGCACCGAGCAGAAUGAGUUGGAUGGCAAAGCAGCGGACCUCCAUCUAGACCAGUUCAUCGUCCCCAAGGCGCAGUAUAAACUGGCAUGCCGGAAGUGUCAGGCAGUUUUCUCCAAGGAAGAAGCGGCUAUUACCCACCUUAAGUCUCACUGUUUAUUUGGUCAGUCUGUGGCAAACCUGCAAGAGAUGUUGCUGCGUGUCCCCAGUGGCGUUGGCGCAGGGGCUGAAAGUCUCUAUGACUGCCUGGCUUGUGACACUACGUUGGAUGGGGGAAAAGCGCUCAGUCAACAUCUGGAAUCAGCUUUGCACAAACACCGAACAAUCAAGCGAUCAGCCAGAAAUGCCAAAGAGCACGCUACUAGUUUAUUACCUCACUCUUCAGCCUGCUUCCCCACUCCUAACACAUCUACCUCGCAGACCGCCACUCAUCCCAUCAGCAGCCCCACUCCGCCGCCAACGACAUCAGCCACCAUGCCAACAUCUGCCCUGUCCACCCCUCUUUGCACCUCCUCCUCCAAUACACAGCUCAACACCACAGCCGCCAGCAAACCCUGGCCCCAGGGCCCUUUCUCCAGAGCUUUAGUCGGCAAGCCCAAUGCCAGUCCCUCCUACGCUUCCUCCCUGUUUCCUCCCGUGUCCUCACCCUCAACGGUUACCUCAAGUUCAUUGAGCACCUCAGGAGUUCAGACCUCGAUACCAACAGACGUCUUUACUGACGAGUCUGACUCUGACAGCAGUCAGAAGUCGGCAGACAGACUGGGCAGGACGGCAGAUGAGCCGCAGCAACCUGGCUUUGUCAAAGACAGUAGUACUUGUAGUAGUAAUCUCGCUAGUGUCGGAACAGACUCCAUCAGAUUGUAAAAGAGCUUUCGGUGAUGGACAGUGUUUAAAAAAAAAAAAAAAAGACAAAAAUGGGGAAAAAAAACACAAAUGGAAAAAACAGAAAAAGCAGCAAUGUUAAAUACGUUAAAGGUAUACAAACCAAUUUCAGAAAAAAAGAUGUAAAAACUUACUGCAAUUCCAAAGCUUGUAACCAAAAAUUUUAUUGUUAGUGGAUUGUUUUCCCAUAUCAACAUGCUGGUUUCCAUUUUGUUUUUUUGUUGUUGUUUUUUUUUUUUUGGUUGAACUGAAACACAAGCAUAUUAAUAAUAUAUUAGAAGAGAAAGAUUGAUGCGGAGGAGUGCUGACAAACGGCUCAAGAAACCCUUUCAAAAAAUUCUGAGUAGAGAAGAUGUCCUUUUGUUUCGUAAUAAUUUAUAUUUAAUAGCACAGUCACAAAAAAAGCCAGUAUGUACUGUAUGGGAGAAUAGUCCGGUCCAUGUUCUUGCUAUUUAAGCAUUCAGAUACCAAUGGCUUACAAAAGUAAAAUAAUAAUGUAUUGUCUAUUUUAUUCUCAGGUCAAUGGCUCGCAAAUGUUUUCUUCUGUUACACAAAUCCAUGUUUUUACACGCUAGCUUUCCUCCUCUAUUGAUUUACCACAACAUUUUAAUCAGAGUGGAAAUUGAUAUGGCAUUUUUCUGGGCAUUAAAAUGGCAGUUAAUUGGCAAAGUUGAACUGUUGAAAUAAAGACUAGAUGGGAGGACAAUUGUUAUCCCGUCUUACCAAGGCAGAGUCAUUGCAGACAUAAAAAUGGGCCAUGAGUAAUUCUGAUUUUAAAGUUGGGGGGUUAAUUUUCUUUUUAAAAAAACAGCCCUCUGUAUUUCUGAACAUUUUUAUUGUUAUGUAGAUUGGUGGAUUGGAGAUGAAUCAAAGCAGUACGGUAGCCUGAAAAACAUUAGCUCUGUAUUGUCCAACUUGAAGACGCUUCAUCUGAAUUUGUCUUGAUCAUUCCGAUAGAUUAGAUAAUGGGCAGACAAUUUAUCUAAAUGAUAUUUCUGUCUUAUUCACAACCUUCAUCUACCCCCCACGCCCCUCCCUGAAAAGGAGGAAACCGUUUUAAGCGUUAUUUGAAACCUAUAGGUCAGUUGGUACUGCAUCAACUGGAUGAACAAGUUGUGGGUGAAACAUUGAAACUUUUAAUUUAAUUUUUUUUUUAACCUUCGUGCACUUAUUACUGUCUGACUCCCAUUUCUCACUCUUUGUGUUCUUAUCUUCGCACUUAUUUCCCUUGGCUGUCCUGUAUUUGUAGAUGCGAUGCAGGUCCUCUCUUGUCCAUGUAGUGUGGCUACACUUUUAAUUUUGUUGUCAUUCAUGAAAAUGAAAAAAAAGAAUACUAAUAAUAAUUCUCACGCUUUAAGACGAAAAGAAAAUCCAAAGACUGAACACUUUUCACCAUUGGUGCAUAAAGAUGAGAAAAGAGGCUUCUUUAUACUUGAUAAUUUGUUGCUGUUUUUAAAGGAAAGAAAACAACAUUUUAAAAGAUAAAGAAGUACGCAUCAGAGUUGCCGUUUUUGUUUCCUCGCAAGCAAACAGGUGGCUUUUUGACGUAAAUACCAAAAACCAAAAAGGGCCGUCGUCCGUGCGUUGUGGAGUAGCACCGUUUCAGAGCCAUUGCAGUUUGUAAGAUAGAGUUAUGAAUCUUUGUUUGACUUUUGAAACAUUCAAAUGUCCAUUUUUUCCCCCAAGAUCAUGUAUAAAGUCUGGUCAUCACAGACAUACGUUUUGCUGCUAAUGUAGAAUUUUGAAAGGAAAAAAAAAAGUAAUUAGAUGCAUGCUCAUUUUGCUUUUGGCGAAGCUUUAACGAAAACAAACAAUAAACCAAUUUUUUGCCUCUCUGCAACACCUUUUUUGUUUCUUGUUGCAAAAACGGAACUUUGAAGACUGUGAAUAUCCAUGUUCCAAAGGACAUUUUGAUGAUUUUUCUUUUUUGGACAGACCAAUGUUUUGAAGCCAAUGAUCUAUGACAGUAUGUGAAGAACAGUGCAUUCCAAAUACCACAAUGUUGUUGUUUUUUUUUGUUAAGACGCAAGGACUGAUCUUUUGUCAUUUGAAUUAUUUUAGGUGUCAUGGUCUAUUUUCACUCUUUUUUUCUCCACUGUUUGCACAUUUUAAUUGAAAUAUCAAUUUUGUGCAGGCGUGGAACUCUCCAUCCACUCGCGAUUGUUGCUUAAUUGUUAAGCAAGUAAUGGUGGUUACCAAAACGUGUAUAUAAUACAUCUGGUACCUUUGUGUCUCCGAGGUUAUUGUCCUAUUUUUGCCAGUCAACAUAAAAUUAGUUUCAAAGGCGAAUGAUAGCUUUUUAAAUGAGGUGCGAUUGCCCGCCCACCCCUUGCAGGGAAAUCCAGCAAUGACUUGUCCCACGUGUAAGCAGGGUGCCACUUUUACGCAUAGAUUACAGGUCUUCAAGAAGGGACAUCUUCAUUCCAAAGCAUUCUUUCUUGUCGCAAGGAGUAUUUUUGAUUUUUUUUUGGAGAUGUCCCUUAGUUCAAAUGGCGAGGAGGCUUUCGUGUCCCAAAGAAGUCACCCACUACAUCGUAUUGCAAUGGAAAUUGAUGUGCAUAGGUACCCCCACCCUUUCACUGAUAACAAACAAAAAUGUAUAUUUUUUCAACCAAAACCAAGACUUAUUUAAAUUGGCGAAUAACUUCUUUUUGACCAAUAUUGUACAGCCAAUUUAUAUAGAUAUAUGUAUACGCCCCAAUAAUCUCGAAUGCCUUUUGGUGUUGAUACCAUAGCAUGUUGUUAAGAUCAAAGAUUGACUCUGCAAGCUUGCCACUUCUCAAAAAACCUGUCCCCCCUGAAAUUGUGGUAUUUUUUUUAAGUUAUAUUGUCUUCCUCCCUUAAAUGUAUUUUAAUUUCCCUAAAAUGUCAAACAUGUAUUUUCAUUUUAUUAUAAUUAUUUGUAUGUUUUUGUGGUUUCUGUAUAUUACUUUUCAUAAAUCAUAAAUUAACACUAGCUUUGAAUUAUUCUUUUUUAAUUAGGAAAAAAUGCAAAGGUAUGUCCUGGUCACUUUAUUGAUUUUUUUUAUAUAGAUAUAUAUAUAAUUGUUUCAAAGCUGUUUCAAAUAUAUCUUAUUUCCAAAGUGUAAUCAUUUUGGCUCUCUUGUAGAAGAAGUUACAAUCCCGACAUCAGAUUCCCUUAGCAUGGCCUGUAUAUGAAUAUGAAUUAGAAUGUGUGUGCGUGCAUGUGUUUCAUAAGAGCCAAUUAAUUUCACUCUUUUUUGUGUGUGUGUGUUACGCAUCAAAACAAACUGAAACGCAAUUCUGAUUAAUUGAGAAAAUCAAAUGAUCAAAGUGACUGUGAUAGCUUUUACUUUGGUUGAUCAUAUGAAUGUGGCCAAAGCUUUAUGCAGUUAACAAAAAACAUUUGUACCCAAACCCCUCUCAAAAAAAAGUGUAUAUUUUAUCAAAAUGUUACUGUGGAUGUCUGUGUCCACAAAAUCGACAUUGGGAUACUUUGGACAUUGAAAAAGCGACAAGGUUACACCGUAGAGGUCAUCUUUGCCCACUGUGAAAAGGAGUGUGUACCAGUAUACAGAUAUAGAUAUAUUUAAAACAAAACAUCACUCUUUGUUUGUUUCUGAUAUGAAGAAGGACUGAAGAAAAAAACAAACAAACAACAAACGACAGACUCUGGGAAGCUUUGGAGCUCUUGUCAGGAGGACACGAGAGGCUGUGGGCACACCAAAACUGGGCAUGGGAGCCGAGGACAGGCUCCAAAACAGCUUUAAAUACCACCACCUUAUCCGAUUAGUGACAACGAGAAUGGACUCUGGAACCGCUGGAUGAUGUGUGACAAACAGACAGAGAGAGAGAACUGAAACUUGACUCUAGCUGCUCUUUCAUCUUUCUUUCUGCCUCUGCUUCUGCCCCUCUGAUGGAUGUUUCCCAAAUUUCAGGACAGGAUGGACAGAGACGCUGGCCUCUUUCCCCUCCUCCACGUUGCUACCUGUCUCCCUUUCCCCUCAGCUUGUCUUUGGUAGACAAGUAAAGCUCUCAAGUCACACGGCAGCUCGCCCCUCUCUGUUGGUUAUGUGGUCAGAGGAAAAAAAAAAGAGAAAGUAACAGCAGAGAGCGGGGUCGGGUCCUCCACACU